AUGAGCACGAUUACGUACGUGCCUUGCACAAGUACCUUGGCCAAAUAUUGACUUUGUUCGACUCACAAAGUCACGGCAAGUAGGCAAGCAGUACUGCAGUAGCAGUAGCAAUUUUCAUAUGUACAGAAAGCAGUGGGCUCUCAGUUGCUACCUGCAGCCUGCAAGUAUAGGUAGGCCGGCAACGAUGGGGCGUCGUCGUCUUCUGCUGUGCCUUGUGAUAUCUAUGCAUCAGGUAGUGCUCAUCGGCACCGUCGUCGCCGCCGGCGGUCGGCCACCGGCGAUGUACGUGUUCGGGUCCUCGAUACUGGACGUCGGCAACAACAACUACCUGCCGGGGCCGGCCGCCGACAAGGCCAACUAUCCCUACAACGGCAUCGACUUCCCCGGCUCCAUCCCCACCGGAAGGUUCAGCAACGGCUUCAACAUCGCCGACUACGUCGCGAAGAACAUGGGAUUUACUUGUAGCCCUCCUGCCUACCUGUCCCUGGCACCGACGAGCUCCUCCGGCGGCCCUCUGGUCCACGCCGCUCUCACCAAUGGAGUCAACUAUGCUUCCGGAGGAGCUGGGAUCCUCGACUCCACUAACGCCGGAAACACCAUCCCGUUGUCGAAGCAGGUGGAGCACUUCGGCGCCACCAAGGCUAAGAUGGCCGCCGCAGCGGGCACCCACGCGGUGAACGCGCUGCUCUCUAGGUCCGUCUUCCUCCUCGGCAUCGGCAACAACGACAUGUAUGCCUUCGCGGCCGCCGAGCUGGUGGCGCCGCGGAAUAGGUCAGCGGCGGACCAGCGCAGGGACGCCGCCGUGCUCUACGCCAACCUCCUCUCCAACUACUCCGCCACCGUAACGGGAUUGUACUCGAUGGGUGUCAGGAAGCUGGCCAUCGUCAACGUGUGGCUAGUCGGCUGCGUGCCGGGGGUGCGGGCGUUCAGCCCGGUGGGCGCAUGCUCGGACACGCUGAACCAGCUCGCCGCCGGCUUCGACGACGCGCUCCGGUCCCAGCUCGCCGGCCUCGCGCCCAGGCUGCCGGGCCUCGUCUACUCCCUGGGCGACGCCUUCGGCUUCACGCGGGACGCCGUGGCGGACCCGCGGGCGCUCGGGUACACGGACGUCGCCGCCGCGUGCUGCGGGAGCGGGCGGGCGCCGUGCCUGCCCAACUCCACGCUCUGCGCCGACCGCGACCGGCAUCUCUUCUGGGACCGCGCGCACCCGUCGCAACGGACCGCGUUUCUCAUGGCCCAGGCGUUCUAUGAUGGGCCGGCUAAGUACACUACUCCCAUUAACUUCAUGCAGAUGGCCCAGUCCAAGUAGAGAGAGAAACCGUGGAGAGUUCUAAGACUUGACAAGUAAUUAUUCAUAAGUACUAUACUACUGAUUUAAGAGUACAAGUUUGUGUUACACUCAUUUUUUGGCA